AGAGACGCAGUGUGUUCAUUUAGUCGCAUUUCCACCGCGUUGAAGCAACUUUUGCGUCACUUUGGAUCGGGAAAUAAGAUGUCUUUUAUGUAAGGGUUUGGUGCAGAACACAAUGAGAGGAAGAAAACUGCAAAGAUCGAGAAAAUAAAUACAAAUACAAGUAAAAUGACCACAAAAUGCAUAAAGAUAUUCUAAAUAUAUGUGAAUCAAAAUAAAAAAUGUGUUGACAAAAAAACUAAAUGAAUAAAUAAAAAAUACUAUAAAAUGAUAUAUCUGAAUUUAAAGGACUGUUUUAUAGAAAGAAUAUGAAAUAAGAAUAUAAAAAAUAUGAUAUAUAAAACAUUAAGACCAAUAUGAAUGUAAAAAGAUGAAGGAUGCAGCACCAUUCGUUAAAUGAGAUAUAUUGAAAAAGAAUGAAUAUAAUCAAAUGGAAAAAUCAUGAUAUGAACACCUGAACAUAUCCAAAUGAUUUCUAAUGUUCGCAGCACACACACAAAGACACAUCAGCCAACUCUGCAUUUUACACACAUGUUGAAUCGGUGGUUGCGGUGCGCUGAGAUGCAGCCACGUUUGUUCUUGAUGGUUCUCUGCUGCAGUGAGCGCCUCCGCCGCAGAAGACCUUUAUUCAAAGACUCUAAGGGUGGAAAUCUCUGAGACCUUUUAGAUUUCAUCGAGCAGUUUGGAGCCGCUCCGACAGGUGUCUGGUGUCUGGAGCUGCUCUGGGAUCAGUUUGGCGCUGGGACUUGUUUCGUCUGUUCUUGGUGGGAUUUUGCUGCUUUCAGAGAACAGAGUAGAUGGAGUGAAUGUGGGUUUGCAGUUGGUGUGAAUCCUGUUUUCCAAGCGGCGUUGGGAAGAGUGAGUUAUCGUGGCGAUGCGCCGAAGUGUGUGUGAGAAACACGACGGAGCAGACGGAGGAUUUCUCUGAUUUCCUGCAGAGAGGAGAUAGUUAGACACGAGAGGAGGGAGGUCUGACAGCAGGGCGUCUCGUUUGGCUCGGCGGUGGAACCGUUCUGCGGGCGAUGCUCUGAUCCUGAAGCCGCUGAUCUACACGGGAACCUCCCGAUCCUCACUCAGCCUGGACAGGAGCCUCCCGGUCACGAUGACCCAGCAGAUGCAGAACCUGCAGCUGACUCAGAGCAGGAAGUGCCCCGGAGGCCCCGCCUCCCCCAGCGCCGCCAAGCGCCUCUACAGGAACCUGUCGGAGAAGCUGAGAGGAAGCACCGCCUCCUUCGAGGACACCUACUUCUUCGGGAAGACCGACCGCCUCCGAAAAGCCUCGGCGAUGCAGGGCAGCGACUGUAUCUUCGAGGCGGUGGAGCAGCAGGACCUGGACUCGGUGCAGAUUCUUCUCUACCAGUUCUCAGCCGAGGAGCUGGACCUGAACACCCCGAACAGCCAGGGGCUAACUCCUCUGGACAUCUCCAUCAUGACCAACAACACGCCCAUUGCCAAGCUGCUGCUGAGGGCCGGAGGCAGGGAGAGCCCCCACUUUGUGAGCGUGGAGGCUCGGGAGGCUCUGAUUGGCUCCCUGGUGCAGGAGGCGGAGCUCCGAGCAGCUGAUCUGUCCUCUCAGGCUCAGAGGGAGGGUCUCUCUCUGGAGGCCUGUCAGAAGGACAAGACCCUGAAAGCCUGGGAGUGGAGGAGCAAACUGUACCGCCGCAUGAGGGCCGGAUUCCUGCACGCACGUCAGUACAUCUAUUAUUUAUAUUUUAUUAUAAUGUAUUUAUUUUAUUUUUUAUUGCGUGCAUAUGCACGUACGUGCGUGUGUGUGCGUGCGUGUGUGUGUGCGUAAGUGGGUGCGUGUGCGUGCGUACGUGCGUGCGACACCUGACCUCUGCUAUGCAGGUUAAUUAUUUAAGUGUGUUGCAGCUAUAAAACAUGUUCUAGUUGGAAAGUCCAUCACAGAGAAACUGCAUCAAGAGCUCCUCUGAUCGAGUCCAUCACACAACACAGAGAAACUGCAUCAAGAGCUCCUCUGAUCGAGUCCAUCACACAACACAGAGAGACUGCAUCAAGAGCUCCUCUGAUCGAGUCCAUCACACAACACAGAGAGACUGCAUCAAGAGCUCCUCUGAUCGAGUCCAUCACACAACACAGAGAGACUGCAUCAAGAGCUCCUCUGAUCGAGUCCAUCACACAACACAGAGAGACUGCAUCAAGAGCUCCUCUGAUCGAGUCCAUCACACAACACAGAGAGACUGCAUCAAGAGCUCCUCUGAUCGAGUCCAUCACACAUCACAGAGAGACUGCAUCAAGAGCUCCUCUGAUCGAGUCCAUCACACAACACAGAGAGACUGCAUCAAGAGCUCCUCUGAUCGAGUCCAUCACACAACACAGAGAGACUGCAUCAAGAGCUCCUCUGAUCGAGUCCAUCACACAUCACAGAGAG